AUGGCCACUCCUGAUGUUGCUAUUUUGGUCCAGCAGAUUGACGCCGUGCUGCAAACGCAGCCCAAACUGCCGGAUGAGGAGCGAUGCCAGUUGCGCGAAGCAGGCCGCAGGCUCAGCCUCGCCAUGGAGAUUCCUGUGGACAGUAUCCAUCGGAUAGCAUAUGCAGUAGGCGUCAAUCUCCGGCUGUUUGAGAUGAUUCGCGACAGUGUGUCAUCACAUGCUGAGCUGGCUAUCAAAGCCAAGGUUGAUCCUGUUCUAAUGAGGAGGUUGCUGCGGUAUUAUCAGUCUGUGGGUAUGAUAUCGCAGCUGGGCACCGACACUUUUGUUGCCAACAACGUCACAAAUAAUGCCCUCGCUUCAGAUAUGGGGAGAUCUGGGAUAUACAUGCAAGUAGAUGUCCUAGGCCGUUCCAUGCUGGCCUUUCCCCAGUUCCUGCGCAGUACCAACUACCGUAACCCUUCUAACCCCAAUGAGACGGCCUUCUAUUUGGGUAUGCAGACGGAUCAGGAUCUCUUUAAGUGGCUCGAAAACCACCCGGACUACUCUGUCAAUUUCAACACGUGGAUGUUACAGUAA